AUGGAUUCAAACGAGGAGCAAAAGACCAUUCAUAACCUCCAAGCGAACUGGAUAUGGGUCCCGAACUGGGUGGAUUCUUCGGACAGUAACACAGCUGGAAAAAUCGUCCACUUCAUCCGUUCUGUCAAUUUGGCCUCGCAACCAACGCGAUCAAUAUUGCAUUUUUCAGCCGACACACGAUAUAAGCUCUACGUCAACGGCAAGCAUGUUGCUGUCGGUCCGAGUCGAAGCAGUCCGUUGAUCUGGUAUUAUGACACGCUGGACAUUGCGCCGUACCUUAAAGAGGGACACAACGAGAUCCGAUUUGUCGUGGUGCGGUACUUUGCGGCCUUGCGGUGUGCGAUGCCCUUUGAGCGAACGGCUCUUCCGGGAUUGACGGUCACUGGAAAUAUCGAGGCGCGCUCAGAAACCAUCGAUCUCAGUUCUUUGAAGUCCUGGAAAGCAUAUAUAGACGACAGCAUUCAAUUCCCGAUGGGAUUGGCUGAGGAUGUGUUUCUCCAUAUCAAUGAACGCAUUACUCCAGCAAAGCCUGGACCCCCAGUGACACCCUUUGCCUACCACCUGAAGACACUCAACGGCGACAUACCACCUUGGCAUCUGCGCCCACGAUCUAUACCGAUGCCCGAGUCAACACCGGCCGUUGUCAAUAAGGUCAGAAGAUACAAAGGUGAUGUGGACGCAAGCAAUUGGACGGCUUUCUUUUCUGAUAACAACGCCCUGACACUUCCACCAAAUUCCACACAUACACUUGAGGUACAGGCAGAUGUCCACUCAACGGCAUUUCUGCGGUGGGCUUUCAAGGCUGCGAAAAGCCCCUCUCAAAUCAGAAUGCGGGUGACAUAUUCAGAAGGAUAUGAACUCGAGUCUCAUUCAUACCCAUUCUUUCGAUCCAAGGCCGAUCGUUUGGAUGCAAGUGUCGGUCAUAUUGUCGGCCCUUUCGACGAGUUGACGCUCGACCUGCCCGAUUCGCAAAUCGUUAUCUAUGAGCCAUUCUGGUUCCGGACCUUCCGUCUAAUGCGAAUCGAGCUCACUGUUGGUCCGGAACCGAUUAUAUUGGUGUCAUUUGAUGCUACCCAGGUAAAUUACCCGAUGGCCGUGAAAGCCUCUUGGAAAGAACCUGGCAAUACACACAGCGAACAAAUAUGGGAUGUUUCAAUCCGAACUAUGCGAAACUGCAUGUUCGAUGGGUAUUCUGAUUGCCCGUUUUACGAACAACUCCAAUAUUCUGCAGACACUCGUUCCGUCGGCUUGUUCCACUACCUUCUGUCAGGCGACGACCGGCUCAUGCGACAGGCCAUCACCAACUUCGCCGCUUCGGUGACACCGGAGGGGCUUACGCAGUCACGGUUCCCUUCACAUGUGCCUCAGGUGAUUGCUGGGUUCCCUCUCUACUGGAUCAUGCAGGUCUGUGAUCAUCACUUGUUUUUCGGUGAUACCCGCUUCACACGAAGUUUUAUCCCACGUAUAGAUGGCGUACUCGACUUUUUCGAUGCACACGUCGACGAACUUGGUUUGAUCAGCGGUCUACCAGAAGUCGUAUGGCAAUACGUCGACUGGGUGACAACCUGGGGUGCGACCGAUGAGCAUCCUGACAAAGGGGUACCCACUUCGGGUCGGAAAUCAAACAGGCACACUUACUUCAGUAUGCUGUAUGCCUGGGUUCUUCAGAAGGCUGCCGGGCUUGUGCGCGAUGUUGGUCGACCUGGCCACUCAGUCGAGUAUGAGGCCCGUGCAGCUUCGCUUGUGGAAGCCAUUCGUACCCAUUGUUAUGAUGGGAAGUAUUUCACAGACUCCACUGCGGAUGUCGCGGAUGAGCUGUCUUAUUCGCAACACUGUCAAAUAUUCGCUGUCAUCUCGGGAGCAGCAAAGCCCGAGGACUCUGUGCGUAUCUUGACUGAGUCAUUCACGAACGACCGCUUCUCCAAGUGUUCGUAUAUGAUGCGCUUCUAUGCAUUCAGGGCACUUGCUUUAGCUGGUGAUGACAUCUACGAGUCGUUCUGGGAGCGUAUGUGGGCGCCAUGGCGCGGCAUGUUGGCGAAUAACCUUUCGACCUGGGAGGAAGACGAUGUCAGGAAACGCUCGGAUUGCCAUGCCUGGGGAAGUGUGCCAAUUUACGAAUAUUGCACUCAGCUAGCCGGUAUUCAGCCAGUAUCCUCGGGCUCGUCAAAGAUAUCGUUCAAGCCGCGUCUCCGACUGGCUGAGGCGUUAGAAGCGAAGGUGGCACUUGGAAAAGAAAAUACCGCCACGGUCUCAUGGAACUUCGUGGCUUCUGAUGAGAAAAUUGUGGAACUCAUAUUUGAGAAGCCCGUGGAUGUUGUCAGUCAAUUGCCGGGAAGCAAACCCAAAGAGCAUGGUGUAGUGGACUUUAUUCAGUUAAAUUAUGAGAAUUGA